CUACUCUAUACCAACUUCAAGCCAAAGAAGCACACCGCACCAACUUUAACUUAAGAAAGCUCUCUAUUUUAUCAAUCAUAUAUUCAUAUAUUCAUAUUCAUAUUUCACCAUAUAUUCAUAUUUUGCUAUUUGUUAUUUUAUCACACCUCCAUAUCUUUUCUAAUUUGAUGCAAUGUAAUGGAUACCAGAGAACUAACAGGAAAUAAUCACUAAUCACCAGAGCGUCGAAACGCCUUAUAUAUCAUACCGCGGUGUGGAGCUGUGAUUAGGCGAUCGUAGCGUCGCUCCUAGUAAGCAUCUUUCGAAUCGAAUGACUUCGAUCAUUGACAGUGUAGAACGUCAUGACAUCGACCAGUAAAAGUACGAAAGAGGUUCUAUUGUCUAUCGUCGAUGACAUCGAGUUGAUAGCGAAAGAAAUGAUAGAAAAUACGAUAGUUCAAAAACCAUUGAAACUGUCAAACGAAGAACACUCUCAACUAACGGAAUUGUUAAUUGCUAAGGACAACGAAUUGAAAGCAAUUCUAAAACGAGCGGCCGAGCAAGCAAAAAUUAACCUGAAAAUGGAAGCUUUAAAAGCCGAAGUUGAGAGACAAGACCAAGAUAUUCAACAAUUGCAGCGACAAUUAAAAGAGGCAGAACAAAUUUUAGCCACUGCAAUUUAUCAAGCUAAACAAAAAUUACAAUCCAUUGCCCGCGCUAAUAAGAGACCUGUACCAUCUGAAGAAUUAAUUAAAUAUGCACAUAGAAUAAGUGCGUCAAAUGCUAUAUGUGCUCCACUUACCUGGCAACAAGGGGACCCUAGAAGACCUUAUCCUACUGAUAUUGAAAUGAGAUUAGGUUAUCUUGGAAGGUUAAGUGAUCUUCCUUUAAAUGGUCAGAUGCCAGGUACUCAUCCUGGAAUAUCAUCAGAUUUGCAUAGACCUGGACAUCCAGUAGGUGAACCACCUGUAUCGCAAGCUAAUCAAUUUGCAUGGCAUUCGUCGGGUGAAAUUCACAUGUCUGUGAGUGGACAAGGAAGCGUUGCCAUGAAUACCCAUAAGCAGGAAACAGAAGAUGUUGAAGUUAUGUCCACAGACUCUUCAAGUAGCUCAUCUAGUGAUUCUCAGUGAAUAUUGAUUUUUUGUAGAGUUUGAGUAAACUGUUUUAUGGAUUCAGUAUGAUUUUAAGCAAAUUGUAUGCAUAUGAACGUCCAAACAAGUAUUUUACAACGAGAUACUAGAUUUAUUAGGGAUUAAUAGAGAUUCUUCAUUAUUAGUUUUAUAAAUUUAUUAAUCCCUGAUAAAAUGAAGCGAUGAGGAUGUAACAAUAUAAAUUAUCAUUAUACCUUUUAUACAUUUAUUACAUUAGAUUCAAGUAAAACACUUGGUAAAAUACUGUGUAAGGAUUGAUCUGUGUAAUACAUCUCUGGAUGUGUCUGAAAUA